GGAGGGAGAGAGAAGGAGGGAAGGAGAGAGAGAGAGGACGGAGGGAGAGAGAGUUCUUGCAGAUCAGUUCCCAGGAGGUCUUCUCACACACACAUCAGCUCUCAGAUGGCGUCGGGUUUGUGAACGUUACGUUUCUCGAACCCUUUCGAGGCAUUUUCAAUGACCGUUUCGGUCGGUUCGUGGUUUGCAGCGGCGACACGUGUACCGAGAGAGAAGGGGACACUGAGAAGCCCAAAAAGGCCCAUCUUUGGCAAAGGAAGUGAUCGAAUACAGGGGGAUUCUCUUCCCCAUAAAAGUAUCUACACUUUCUUCCCUUUUCCCCUUCAAGAGCAGCCUGACAUUGAAGCAAUCACUUGUGAAACAUCAACUGUGAUCAGGCCUAACAAUGGGGAGCAGCAAGAGUAAGGUGAAAGAGUCUACCCAGAAGCCAAGGUCCGGAGACGCUAGUGUAACUUCCAGCAUGCAGAACCUGCGUUUUGGACACGACACAGCGCCAGACUCCCACUCCACUCCUGUGAAGGCUCCAGGGCUCGAUCACGGUUCCACCUUCACCCCAUUUGGGGGAACCUCGGAAUUAACUCCUUUCGGAGGCAUCACUUCCUCAAACACAUCUUCACCUUCACAACGGCAAGGCCAGCUGGCAGGCGGAGUCACCACAUUUGUUGCCCUGUACGACUAUGAAUCGAGGACCGCAAGUGACCUUUCCUUCAAAAAAGGGGAACGACUGCAGAUUGUGAACAACACGGAAGGAGAUUGGUGGCUAGCGCGUUCUCUGAAUACGGGAAGCUCUGGAUAUAUUCCCAGCAAUUAUGUAGCACCUUCUGACUCCAUCCAGGCCGAAGAAUGGUAUUUUGGAAAGAUUACUCGAAGAGAAUCGGAGAGAAUGCUGCUAAGUCCUGAAAACCCUAGAGGUAGCUUUUUGGUCAGGGAGAGUGAGACCACGAAAGGUGCCUAUUGUCUGUCAGUGUCUGACUAUGACAAUGCUAAAGGACUAAACGUGAAGCACUACAAAAUCCGUAAGCUGGACAAAGGCGGCUUCUAUAUUACCUCACGGACACAGUUCGAGAAUCUGCACCAGCUGGUUGCCCACUAUUCAAAGCAUGCUGAUGGUUUGUGUCACCGGCUGACAACUGUCUGUCCAACUGUGAAACCGCAGACCCAGGGAUUAGCUAAGGAUGCUUGGGAAAUCCCACGGGAAUCUUUAAAGCUGGAAAUCAAGCUCGGACAGGGAUGCUUUGGAGAGGUCUGGAUGGGAAACUGGAAUGGCACAACAAAGGUUGCAAUUAAGACGUUAAAGCCUGGUACGAUGUCUCCCGAGGCAUUUCUGCAGGAGGCCCAGAUCAUGAAAAAACUUCGACACGACAAACUGGUGCAGCUGUAUGCCGUGGUGUCAGAGGAACCAAUCUACAUCGUCACAGAGUACAUGAGCAAAGGAAGUCUACUGGAUUUCCUUAAAGGAGAGAUGGGCAAGUACUUGAGGCUUCCACAACUGGUCGAUAUGGCUGCUCAGAUUGCAGCUGGCAUGGCGUACGUGGAAAGGAUGAACUAUGUUCACAGAGACUUGAGAGCGGCUAAUAUUCUAGUGGGCGAAAACCUGGUGUGCAAGGUGGCAGACUUUGGCCUGGCUCGAUUGAUUGAAGACAAUGAAUACACAGCCCGACAAGGUGCCAAAUUCCCCAUCAAAUGGACAGCUCCCGAGGCAGCACUAUACGGCCGUUUCACCAUCAAAUCCGAUGUGUGGUCCUUUGGAAUUCUGAUGACUGAGCUCGCCACGAAGGGGAGAGUGCCAUAUCCAGGGAUGGUAAAUCGGGAGGUGUUGGACCAGGUGGAACGUGGAUACAGAAUGCCUUGCCCACCAGAAUGCCCGGAUUCUCUUCACGAACUCAUGAUCCAGUGUUGGAAGAAGGAGGCUGAAGAGAGGCCGACUUUUGAGUAUUUACAGUCCUUCUUAGAAGACUACUUCACGUCCACUGAACCUCAGUAUCAGCCUGGCGAAAACCUAUAGACCCAGCCUUCUGCACGCAGCACCAGAAACACUGUGCAGCUUUAUCUCAGCCCAGCUCUUCUCUCAGCCUGGUUGCCAGCAGGCCUUAGCUCUAACUGGAAUUCCCUGUGCAUUUACACACCAUCUAAUUUGCACAUUACUCUACAGAUUGCGUAGAUGUAUUGAUUUGAGGCACUCGAUAGGUGUUUACCUUACAUUCCGACAACUUUUGAUUGGGAGGGUUCUGGCGUUGGUGGCGUUACAAAAUUGUGCCACAGAAAGCAAAUGUGAAACCUUCGAAUACUAACUCGCAAAUUCCACCUACAAGUAAAUCCCUUUUUUUCUUCAUCGGAAGCUCACGCCCUUAACUGUUCAAACAAGAUCUGGGAUAAUGUAAAUCUCUUCCUUUGUCGAUUCUGUUUUUUUAAAAUGCUAAGCUUUGUACGUAGUUUGAGGGACAUAUAGCAACCCUUAAUGUAGGAAUAAACAGCAUCUGAAGAUCCCCUGGAGUUCUUAUGCAUGAGGUGCUACGUUAGUUAAUCUGGGAAAUUCGUCUAUUUAUAUCUACCAUUACUUAACUGGAAAUUGCGGUGGAGUUUUUCGAUAUUUUGCACAUUUAGUUUUUCAUUCAUUGGUGGUGCAAUUCGUUUUGUUAUCUUCCAAUGUUAUUUAUAUUUGAAUCCAUCGUUGCACGAACUGCGUACAAAUGGGUUCCCAUUUAGUGCAUCGCCGAAACAUGGGCGAUCCGUGAGUGCCAUAUCUCUGCUCUUCAGCCCGCACAGUACUUUGAUGUGUAUAUAAUACUUUUGAGGAGUCCUGUAGCGUAUUGGUUAGAGCACUUGCCUCG